AUGGACUAUUUCGACACUUUCUCGCAUGUUGCCAAGAUGGUGACACUAAAGUUUCUCCUUGCCAUCUCUACUGUAAAACAGUGGCAUACUCUUCAAAUUGAUAUUAACAACGACUUCCUUAAUGGUGAUUUAAAUGAAGAAGUCUAUAUGUCCCUUCCCAGAGGCCUUACUGUUUCUCACUUUCCUUGUGCAGGUCCACCUCUAGUUUGCAAACUCAACAAGUCAAUCUAUGGCCUCAAACAAUCCUCUCGCCAAUGGUACACAAAACUAUCAGAUGCUCUACUCUCCGCUGGCUUUAAACAAUCACAAGCAGAUUACACUCUCUUCACACGGGGACAAGAUCAACACUUCAUUGCUCUACUUGUCUAUGUAGACGACAUCAUCGUAGCCGGACCAAAUCUUAAGAUACUCCAUCAACUUCAGGACUCACUUCAUGCUCAUUUCAAACUUAAGGCUCUCGGUACACUCAAGUACUUCCUUGGUUUCGAAAUUGCUCGCUCCAAACAUGGUUUGUUCCUCUCACAAAGACAGUACACCAUCACUCUACUUGAAGAGACACGGUAUCUAGGCAGCAAACCUGCUAAAACGCCUAUGGAUCCUAAACUAAAGCUCGACAAAGUACAAGGCGAACCUUUAGCAGAUCCCUCUCAGUAUCGACGACUCAUUGGACGUUUGCUAUACUUGACGCUUUCUAGACCAGAUAUCACCUAUUUGGUUCAUACAUUAAGCCAAAUCAUGUAUGCUCCUCGUACCACUCAUCUACAAGCAGUCCACCACUUGUUACGAUUUCUGAAAGGCAGCCCUGGACAAGGCUUACUCUAUUCUCCUACUUCUUCUCCUCACCUCCGAGCAUUCUCCGACUCAGACUGGGCUUCUUGCUCUCUUACAAGGUGUUCAACUACAGGUUUUUGCGUGUUUUUAGGAGAUUUUUUGGUGUCUUGGCGCACCAAGAAGCAACCUACAAUCUCCAAAAGUUCUGCUGAAGUAGAAUAUCGUGCUCUAGCUGCCACCGCAAGUGAACUCACGUGGUUGUAG